AUGGAAGAGACUUUUGUGCCGUUUGAAGGAAUCAGGAAUGAUCUUAAAGGAAGAUUGAUGUGCUAUAAGCAAGACUGGACCGGAGGAUUCAAGGCUGGAUUUAGGAUUCUGGCUCCCACCACAUACAUAUUCUUCGCGUCUGCGAUUCCUGUUAUCUCAUUCGGUGAACAAUUGGAAAGAAACACUGAUGGAGUUCUCACUGCUGUUCAGACCUUAGCAUCUACCGCCAUUUGCGGUAUGAUACACUCGAUUAUCGGAGGUCAGCCAUUGCUUAUACUCGGAGUUGCAGAGCCGACUGUAAUUAUGUAUACAUUCAUGUUUAACUUUGCAAAGGCGAGACCUGAGUUGGGACGAAACUUGUUCUUGGCUUGGUCUGGAUGGGUUUGUGUUUGGACUGCUUUGAUGCUGUUUGUGCUAGCUAUAUGUGGAGCUUGUUCAAUCAUCAAUAGGUUCACUCGUGUAGCUGGGGAAUUGUUUGGACUACUUAUUGCUAUGCUCUUUAUGCAGCAAGCCAUCAAAGGGCUUGUUGAUGAAUUUCGCAUUCCUGACCGGGAAAAUCAGAAGCUGAAGGAGUUCUUACCUUCCUGGAGGUUUGCUAAUGGGAUGUUUGCUCUGGUUCUCUCCUUUGGUCUUCUUCUAACUGGACUUAGAAGCAGAAAAGCCAGAUCAUGGCGGUACGGAUCUGGCUGGCUCAGAAGCUUAAUAGCUGACUAUGGUGUACCACUCAUGGUGCUAGUGUGGACCGGUAUCUCCUACAUUCCAGCAGGAGACGUUCCAAAAGGAAUUCCCCGGCGACUUUUUAGCCCAAACCCUUGGUCCCCUGGCGCUUAUUCAAAUUGGACCGUAGUAAACGAGAUGCUUGACGUUCCAAUCGUCUACAUAAUUGGAGCUUUCAUUCCAGCGUCAAUGAUUGCUGUGCUUUACUACUUUGAUCAUAGCGUAGCUUCACAGCUUGCGCAGCAGAAAGAAUUCAAUUUGAGAAAACCAUCUUCUUACCACUACGAUUUGCUUCUUCUUGGGUUUCUGACUUUAAUGUGUGGUCUUCUCGGAAUCCCUCCAUCAAACGGUGUCAUUCCUCAAUCUCCAAUGCAUACCAAGAGCUUAGCGACUCUUAAAUAUCAGUUGCUUCGUAACAAAUUGGUUGCAACAGCACGAAGAAGCAUAAAAACAAAUGCGAGUUUGGGGCAACUCUAUGAAAAUAUGCAAGAAGCUUAUCAUCAUAUGCAGACACCAUUAGUAUACCAGCAACCUCAAGGUUUGAAAGAGCUGAAAGAAUCGACAAUCCAAGCAACUACAUUCACCGGAAACCUCAAUGCUCCAGUUGAUGAGACUUUAUUCGACAUCGAGAAAGAGAUUGAUGAUUUGUUACCAGUUGAAGUCAAAGAACAGCGGUUAAGCAACUUUCUUCAGUCGACAAUGGUAGGAGCUUGUGUUGCAGCUAUGCCUAUCCUUAAAAUGAUCCCUACAUCAGUCCUUUGGGGCUACUUUGCCUUCAUGGCCAUCGAAAGCUUACCCGGAAACCAAUUCUGGGAAAGAAUCUUACUUCUCUUCACCGCCCCAAGCCGUCGCUUCAAGGUUCUUGAAGAUUACCACGCGACAUUUGUAGAAACCGUUCCAUUCAAGACAAUUGCAAUGUUCACUAUUUUCCAAACAAUUUAUCUCUUAAUCUGCUUUGGCCUCACAUGGAUUCCAAUCGCAGGAGUCAUGUUCCCUUUAAUGAUCAUGUUCUUAAUCCCCGUUCGACAAUACAUCCUCCCUAGAUUCUUCAAAGGAGCUCAUCUUCAAGACUUAGAUGCAGCAGAGUAUGAAGAAGCUCCAGCUUUACCUUUCAAUCUCGCUGCGGAAACGGAGAUUGGAUCUACAACUUCGUAUCCAGGAGAUUCAGAGAUUCUUGAUGAGGUUAUUACACGAAGCAGAGGAGAGUUUAGACACACAAGUAGUCCUAAGGUCACAAGUUCGAGCUCGACUCCGGUCAAUAAUCGGAGUUUGUCUCGAGUGUUUAGUCCACGAGUGAGUGAGAUUAGGUUGGGUCAGAUGAGUCCUCGAGUCGUCGGAAAUAGUCCAAAGCCGGCGAGUUGUGGGAGGAGUCCCUUGAACCAGUCAUCUUCGAACUGA